AUGAGCCAUCAACUCACCGUCGGGAUGACCGCGGAAGAGGUGGACCUUAGCUUCCAGACCUUAGAACUGGUGCAAAGAAGGAUGGAGCUUUCAAAGGCCAAGUGCGUAGACAUUCAAGUCGAAAUAAGUAGCUUCUCGUGA